AUGAGCGCUGAAUGCAGCAGUUACUACAGCACCGACGGCGGGUUUGUGGACGGGUUCUCCUGCCCCAAAGCGGGAAAUGCUGCCGCCGCCGUCUACUGUUGCGGAUUUAAUGAUGUUAAAUAUUGCUGUGAUGAUCCCAACAGUUUUUUCCCGUAUGAGUACGGAUAUAUGUGGUGGCUGAGUAUUGGCGCUCUGGUUGGUCUGUCCAUUGCAGCGGUGGUCCUCCUUGCCUUCCUCAUCACCGUAUGUGUCCUUUGCUACCUUUUCAUCGCCACCAAACCUAGUCGUCUUGACAAUGGCCUACCCCUCAGAUUGCCAGAAGGAGAUCCCAGUGAGGAAUCCAGCCAUGUGAGAGCAUCCUGUGCGUCUGGUCCGCAGGGAUUCAGAAAACAUUUACUGAGCAGGAAGUUGGACUGUGAUAACCAGCCGCCAGACCCUGAGCGCCUGUUCCAGAGAUGUUUCACUGCUACAGUCACCAGCGUGAAAGUGGAAAGUCCCUCGUAGGACUCUGAGAGGCGUCUCGUUUAACAAUGGGACCAGUGGUCCAGAGGUCAAGAGAGCCAGUGAAUCUGGCGGCAGUCUCUGCUGCCAGGGGAUGGCUGUGACAGUGGGAGGAACAG